ACCUCCUCUCCACCAGCCACCGCUCGAGCUGGAGCUGAGGCGAGUACGCGCAUACGGAGUGCGGCACAAGGAGUGUCGCUGAGUGCAUCCUCUGUUAUAUGCAUCCUUUUCCCUUCAAAUGCCUACAUUUCCCCUUCCAGUGUGCUGAAAAGAAUCUGGGGCUGUCUCACAUCAGAUCUCUUUUCAGUCUUAAUUUCUACAGGAAUUCUAAAGACAAUUGUGGAAUAUUUUGUGCCUUUCGUGGUAAUGCCAUGUGACCUGGCUAUUCCACAUUUUGGCGUUUCCAUCAUCUUCAAGAAAAGUCGCUUCUAGCUCAGACUUUUGGGGAUUUUUUAUAGAAUAACUGAGUGAAGGGGAGCAUAAAGGGAACCCCAGGAGGAAUGGAAGUUUUGGACGUUGGCUUGGUCCUCUGAGAGGCUGCUGGUGGCGAUUGGUGCAGGAGGGGAAACUGCGUCGCCAGAUCUAAAAAAGCAGGGGGGGGAUCUGGGGUCAUUGGCCAUCACAGGACCUGCAGUUCAAGACAACGAGGUUUAACCCCAAAGUGCGUCUAUCGCUAUCGAAUUUGAUCAGAUACGUUUCUUUCUGUAACGAUUGAUAACAUCCUCCAGCCUCUCAGCCUCGACUGAACGCGUCGGCGUUUUGGAUGCGGCGCGUUUUUCUCUUUUUUCCUUCACUGCAGCUCGGCGCCGCUGCUCACCCAGGAUCUGAUUUAAUGUUAGGAGGAAUUUCAACAGGGUGCAGGUCUCUCACUAUACCCUAGAAAUCUGCUCCUCUUCAUUUAUACCCUUUCCUUCUCCCUCCUAACGCGCAAAAAGAGCAAAACCAAGAUAGAUUGAUGGACUAAAAGAGAAGCCUCGUUUCACGGGUUUUUAACUCUGCUCAGAGCUGUAUUUUUUUGUUUUUCUGUCUGUCUUUUUCCCCUCAUCUCUGGACAUAAUGAAAGUUCUCCUGGUCGUGAUGCUUAUUGCCGUUUUUUGGAGCCAGGAGUGGAAGUCGGCGCUGUCGGAUUCAAUCAUCCAUAUCGGUGCCAUAUUUGAUGAGUCGGCACGGAAAGAUGACGAGGUUUUUCGUCUUGCCGUGGCAGACCUGAACCUAAACAAUGAGAUCUUGGAGACAGAAAAGAUAACCUUCUCUGUGGAAUUUGUCGAUGGGAACAACCCUUUCCAGGCUGUACAAGAAGCUUGCGAGUUGAUGAACCGUGGUAUCCUGGCUCUGGUCAGCUCUAUUGGCUGCAUGUCAGCUGGUAGCCUUCAAACACUGGCUGAUGCCAUGCACAUACCGCAUCUCUAUAUCCAGCGCUCCCCAGUGGGUACACCCCGCUCAACCUGCCCACCUACCAGUCGAAUACCUGGAGCUGACGACUACACUCUCAUGGUACGCCCACCUGUGUUCCUCAAUGAGGUCAUCAUGCAGGUGGUGUCUGAAUACAGCUGGCAGAAGUUUGUCCUCUUCUAUGAUUCUGAUUUUGACAUUCGUGGUAUUGAGGAUUUUCUGGACCGUACCUCUCAGCAAGGGAUGGACGUGUCCCUUCAGAAGGUCGAAUCUAAUGUCAACAUGAUGAUCACAGGUCUUUUCAGAACAAUGCGUGUGGAGGAAUUGCAUCGAUAUAGGGAUACGCUACGGAGAGCAGUUUUGUUCAUGAGCCCGGCUACUGCCAAGGCUUUUAUCACUGAGGUGGUGGAGACCAACCUGGUUGCAUUUGAUUGUCACUGGAUCUUGAUUAAUGAGGAGAUCGCAGACUAUGACUUACAGGAGUUAGUCAUGAAGUCAAUAGGCCGUCUGACUCUAGUUCGCCAGAUGUUCCCAAUGCCCCAAAACACAACUCAACGCUGUGUCAAACACAACCAUAGGAUCAACACGUCCCUCUGCGACCCUAAAAGCCCUAAGGCCCAGCAGCUUGAGAUCACGAAUCGCUACAUCUAUGACACAGUUCUGCUUCUGGCCAAUACCUUCCACAGAAAGUUGGAGGACAGGAAGUGGCACAGCAUGGCCAGCCUGAGCUGCAUCAGGAAGAACUCCAAGCCUUGGCAAGGAGGCAAGAGCAUGCUAGAGACUGUAAAAAAGUUUGGAGUGAGUGGCCUUACAAGUUUCUUGGAGUUCACUGAGAAUGGCACAAAUCCCAAUAUCUUCUUUGAAAUCCUGGGAACAAAUUAUGGAGAAGACAGAGGUAGAGGAAUCAGCAGGCUCGCCACAUGGGACCCAGUUCAUGGACUGAAUGGUACUUUGACUGAUAGGAAACUGGAAAACAACAUGAGAGGAGUAGUGCUAAGAGUCGUCACUGUUCUGGAGGAGCCAUUUGUGAUGGUCUCAGAGAAUGUCCUUGGAAAACCUAAGAAAUAUCAAGGCUUUUCAAUUGAUGUCCUGGAUGCUCUCUCCAACUAUCUGGGCUUUAAAUAUGAGAUCUAUGUGGCUCCAGACCACAAAUAUGGCAGUUUACAACCUGACGGCCAGUGGAAUGGUCUCAUGGGGGAACUGGUUUCUAAGCGAGCUGAUGUCGGACUCUCUGCUCUGACUAUCACGCCUGAGCGGGAGAGUGUUGUAGACUUUACCACACGCUACAUGGAUUAUUCUGUGGGCGUUCUGCUGCGCAAGGCCGAGCGCACAGUGGACAUGUUUGCCUGCCUGGCACCCUUCGACCUGUCACUGUGGGCGUGCAUUGCAGGCACUGUGCUCCUUAUUGGCAUCCUGGUGUACUUGCUCAACUGGCUCAACCCACCACGGCUGCCCAUGGGACCUGUGUCUUCGACCACACUGUACAAUUCCAUGUGGUUUGUUUAUGGGUCUUUUGUGCAGCAAGGUGGAGAAGUCCCAUACACCACCCUUGCAACCAGGAUGAUGAUGGGUGUUUGGUGGAUGUUUGCCCUCAUUGUCAUCUCUUCAUACACUGCUAAUCUAGCAGCUUUCCUCACUAUCUCACGGAUAGAGAACUCCAUACAGUCUCUACAGGACUUAUCAAAGCAGACUGAAUUGCCUUACGGAACAGUGUUGGAUUCUGCAGUAUAUGAUCAGGUACGAUCAAAGGCUAUGAACCCAUUUGAGCGAGAUCCCAUGUACUCCCAGAUGUGGCGGAUGAUUAAUCGCACUGGAGGAGCAGAUAAUAACGUUGAGGAGUCGAAGGAAGGUAUUCGCAAGGUGAAAUAUGGGCGCUUUGGCUUUGUGUGGGAUGCAGCAGUGCUGGAGUAUGUGGCCAAUAAUGAUGAGGAUUGUUCCUUCUACACUGUAAACAGCAACGCGCCAGACCGUGGAUAUGGUAUUGCCAUGCAGCACGGCAGCCCCUACAGAGAUAUUUUCUCUCAGAGAAUUCUGGAACUCCAGCAGAAUGGUGAUAUGGACAUCUUAAAACUCAAGUGGUGGCCCAAGGACAGUCCGUGUGACCUCUACAGCUCAGACCAUGCACGGCAGCGUGGCAACGCACUCGAUAUCCACAGCUUUGCUGGGGUUUUCUGCGUCCUAGCAGCUGGUGUGGUGCUCUCCUGCCUCAUUGCUAUGGUAGAAAGCUGGUGGUCAAGGCGGAAGGGAUCCAGAGUCCCCUCCAAAGAGGACGAUAAGGAGAUCGACCUGGAGCACCUACACCGCAGGGUUAACAGUCUGUGCACCGAGGACGAAAGCCCCCACAAGCAGUUCUCCACCUCUUCCGUCGAUUUAACCCCCCUCGAUAUGGAUGCACUUCCUGCUGCCAGACAGGCCCUCGAGCAGAUCAGCGACUUCCGCAACACGCACAUCACCACCACCACCUUUAUCCCUGAGCAGAUCCAGACCCUGAGCCGCAGCCUGUCUGCCAAAGCCGCCGCUGGGUUUUCCUCUGGUUUUGGUGGAGGUCUCCAGGACCACCGAACUGGUGGGGUCGGCCCCUUUAGGCAGAGAGCCCCAAAUGGUGGCUUCUUCCGCAGCCCCAUUAAAACUAUGUCCUCUAUUCCUUACCAGCCAACAGGACCAGGACCAAAUUUUGGAUAUGGAAAUGAUCCAGACAGGGGCACCUCCAUUUGAGGUGUUGCGAUGGAUAGAGUUGGUUUGAGAGAAGAAGUGAGAGGAAAAAGGGGUUUCAGUAUGUUGUGGGGUGUUUGAACAAAUAUGUUGCGGCUAGGCUAAAGAGUAAGAGGUAUAUACAUGUAAACAGGAAUAUGUUUUUUCUGUUUUUCAUUUCUGCUCGAGUAUCCAGGGGCGUAAACUUGUAUGGGAGGGGUGUAGGUCUGAAGGGGUAUUCUUCAUUCUCAAACAGAUGAUGCAUCUCUGCUUUAUUGUUGUUGUUCUUGUGUAUGUUUGGGGAGUUCAGUUGGGAGUUGCAUCUAAGAGGGGACCUGUUUUUUUGUUGUUUUUUGGUUUUGUUUUUUGUACUGAUGUUUUAGUUUAAUGACAUGAGGACUUUCUCAUGUAAUGCUGAAAUGACCUGACACCUUUUGCUGUAUGAACACCCUCUUGUUGGGUUUAGUCAAAAACUAUUUCAACACAAAGACAUGAUCAGUGUAAGGUCUAGAGUUGCUGUUGGUAAAGGAUUGUAGCUCUCAUUGGCCAUGAAACGACUUCCAGUGGUGUUAUUUGCUAGGAAAACCGAGGCAUUAAUAUUAUGAAAAUAAACCACAUAAGUUGUAUUUAUAUUACCAUCCUAAAGUUUAAGGGGUUUGAAAAGGCCAAUGAUGAUUAAGUAUCUCAAUUUUAACCUUGUCUUUUCACUGUUAAAAGGCUCUCCUCAAUAUUGUUUUCACUGGUAGUGUUGUAUCAAUGCCUUGGGUUUUGAAUCUAAAAGCAACUCCAGGAUGGUGUCCACAUUGGGGAGUCUGAUCCAGACA